AUGUCUUCCGCCGACCGAUACGGAAAACGCCUUGCAACAGCGGUGUACCAAGCCGUCACAGUGGAUUCGAGCACCGAGACCCAUGAAGUGACAUAUCGCAACCUCGCCAACAUCGUCAACAGCCUCGCCAGGUGGCUGGACCAAUGCACACCAGUGACAGAAGAGCACUCACAGACCAUCGGAUACCUUGCUGCCAGCGAUGUGAGACACUUAGCAAUCGUUUGUGCGGCUGUAAAGUCCGGGACGAAGGUUCUUCUGCUAUCGUCCCGGAAUACCGCCGCCGUACAUAGUCACCUCCUGCGCGCAGUAAACAGCUCCCUCCUCGUCUACGAUGAACCUUUCCAUGACAUUGCCCAGACCAUUGCGCGGGAGGGACACAUCCGGACCCGCGCGCUGCACCGUCCCUGCUCGAAUGUCUCGACCACGGGAGCAUCGGCAAAGAUUACCCCUACGAUGGCACCUGGGAGACCGCCGCAGACGAUGCCUUUGCGGUACGAACUCCUGCCCGAACCCAAAGUAUCUCACCACUCAUCCCACAACCAGAUCCUCCACACCACCGGCUCAACAGGGAUGCCCAAGCCCGUGACAAUCCCGCAGAGCGCCAUCGCCGCAAUUGACGCCCAGCACUUGGUUUCCUGCGUCACGGGACGACAGGCCCAACUGGAAGUCGUCGCCGAAGCGGCCACAGUCUUCCUGGGCUUUCCGCUCUGCCAUGUGGCAGGGCUCGGGCUCGGCUGGUUUCUGCUGCUCGCGGGGCGCGCUCUGUUGCUGCCGGGGCCGGGCAAGCCUGUUAGCCGGCACAUGGUGCGCGCGAUUCUCCAGCUACGCCCAUUCGAUGCAGCCCUGCUGCCUCCGUCGGUGGUGGAUGAUAUCGCGGAGGAUGCACAACUGUUUGAUGAGCUGGCUCGUUGUAAAUAUCUGAUGUUCGGCGGCGGUUGCAUCAAGCCCCAGACAGGGAAGAUCCUCGCAGAACGACGGAAGAAGACGAUCCAGGCUUACCAGGAGGAAAUCAAUGCCCUGUAUGAAGGCUCCCCAGCUGCGGUCACCGGUACGGAGAUGUGCUUUGAUUUUUCGUCUAAGGAGGCAUUCGCUAGUUCUCUGGCGAGAUUCGUCGCAAAUUUGACGGAUACUAAUCACCUAAACCACGAAGAUGACUUCUUUGAGGCCGGGAUGAUGUCGCAGCAAGUCGAGGUUCUGGUCACGAGCUUGCGACGCGCAAUUCAAAGUCAGCCAGACUGCAAGUUGGACAAUAGUCUCCUCAACGAAGACGCCGUAUACUCGGCAGCCUCUGCGGACAAACUUGCAUCCUUGCUAUUCGAUGAGGUCGAUGGGUCUCAACGUACCCAUUCUCAGGGCCGCAUAGAGAUACUGUCGGCGAUGUUGGACAAUUCUCCACUGCCAGUGGCCCGUCGACUUGAGGAGACGACGUCUUACUACCAUUUCGUCAAUCCGCACCCGGCCAAGUGGGGGCCUAUUGCACCGAGCGUGAUCGCUGAGCUGCAGCGGGAGUGCAGAAUGACAAGCUUGUCUGACUGGGUGAGGAGGCUCGAGGAUCAUGCAGCCAGAGCCGCGAAUUCCGGUAACCAAGCUUCAUCGGGGGUGAAGCUGAUCGGUUUUUACCAGUCGCUUCAGGGUCCGCCGCUGGAGUUGGAGACCGGUCAUACUCAAGAGGUAAUUCAUCGUCUGGGAAGCAUACCCCCUGUGAAUGAGGAGUGGAUGCGGGUAUGGCUUGAGCAGUGGGCCUCUCACUAA